ACGAUGUCAACAAAAAGAAGCAGCAGCUAGUGAUGAUCAGUGUUGUUUCCUGCUGCGAAAAAGCGACUGUCAACUCACCAUAUACACGAAAAUUCCCUUUCCUUUCUCUCUCUUCUCAUCUCCAUCGGCAGACAGAGAGAGAGAGACAACUCGUAUACUAUACACACCGUGUCGGUGUUUGUGCGCUUCCACUACUUUCUACUCUGCCAAAAAUAUCAACACUGCUGAUCAGAUCACGCAAUUUUGCCUCACUUUCUCGCCAUCGGUUCUCUCCAAUACUGUACAUCUCCUCGAGUUGGCAAUCAUCUCAAAUACUUUUGAAGUUUAUUUGUUAGCCUGAUUUCUGUUGUUUCCGUUUCAAAGCUCAGAGGGUUUUAUUUCAUGAGCUUUGAAUUUAGUUCUUUGAUUUGAAGAAGCGGAGACUGAGGUGUUGGAGUUGGAAGUGAUGGUGGUGUUCGGUUUCUGUGGCGGUUCGGAGCGAGUUAUUGGGGUGGAUUUAGGGUUCGUAAGGUGAAUGGAAGGGUUUGGUUAUGAGAACGGGUGAGCCAAAACAUUGCUAGUUCUUGGAUUAUUCCAUCUGAGGGAGAGUCUGUUUUUUAUUCUCUUAUUCUAGAUGUCGCGGACCAACGGGAUGGCUUCGGAUCUUAGCAGGUCUGGUGCCGUUGAAAGGGAUACUGAGCAGGCUGUUACUGCUCUCAAAAAAGGUGCAUACUUGCUCAAGUAUGGAAGAAGGGGAAAGCCCAAGUUUUGUCCCUUUCGGCUUUCAAAUGAUGAGUCAGUUUUGAUAUGGCUUUUGGGGAACGAGGAGAAACAUCUUAGACUAAGCAAUGUGUCCAGAAUCAUAUCUGGGCAGCGCACGCCAAUCUUUCAAAGGUAUCCACGGCCUGAAAAGGAGUACCAGUCAUUUUCUCUUAUAUAUAAUGACAGGUCACUGGAUUUGAUCUGCAAGGAUAAAGACGAAGCUGAGGUUUGGUUUACUGGUCUAAAGGCAUUGAUUUCCCGGAGUCAUCACCGGAAAUGGAGAACAGAAUCAAGGAGUGACGGUAUUCCAUCUGAAGCAAAUAAUCCUAGAACUUACACCCAGAGAAACUCUCCUUUGAAUUCUCCAUUUGGCAGCAAUGGGAGCUUGCAGAAGGACAGUGGUGAUCACCUGCGCCUUCAUAGUCCGUAUGACAGUCCCCCCAAGAAUGGUCUAGACAAGGCAUUUUCCAAUGUGAUCUUGUAUUCUGCUCCUCCAAAAGGUUUCUUUCCAUCAGAUUCUGCUACUGUUUCAGUCCAUUCGUUGUCUUCUGGAGGCUCAGAUAGUGUACAUGGUAACAUGAAGGCAAUGGUGAUGGAUGCUUUUAGGGUGAGCCUAUCAAGCGCUGUUAGCUCGUCAAGCCAAGGUUCUGGCCACAAUGAUGGUGAUGCCCUGGGGGAUGUUUUCCUUUGGGGGGAAGGCACUGGCGAUGGUGUUCUAGGCGGUGGACCUCAUAGAAUUGGAAGCUGUUCCAGUGACAAAAUGGAUUCUUUGCUGCCCAAAGCCUUAGAAUCUGCAGUUGUACUUGAUGUUCAGAACAUUGCUUGCGGUGGUCGACAUGCAGCCUUAGUAACCAAACAAGGAGAAAUUUUCUCUUGGGGGGAGGAAUCAGGAGGUAGGCUGGGACAUGGUGUAGACUCUCAUGCUAUGCAUCCAAAGCUUAUUGAGACCCUCUGUAAUACUAAUACAAAUAUUGAGCUUGUGGCAUGUGGUGAGUAUCAUACAUGCGCUGUAACACUUUCUGGUGAUCUGUACACCUGGGGAGAUGGAACACAUAAUUAUGGUCUUCUAGGUCAUGGAAACGAAGUAAGUCACUGGGUUCCUAGGAGAGUUAAUGGCCCCAUGGAGGGCAUACAUGUCUCGUCUAUCUCUUGUGGACCGUGGCACACAGCAGUUGUAACAUCUGCUGGGCAAUUAUUUACUUUUGGUGAUGGAGUAUUUGGUGCUCUGGGACAUGGAGACCGGAAAAGUGUGUCAAUACCGAGGGAAGUGGAUUCUCUUAAGGGGCUCCGUGUUGUGCGGGCUGCUUGUGGUGUUUGGCACACUUCUGCAGUCAUAGAGGUCAUGGUUGGGAAUUCAAGUUCCAGCAACUGUUCCUCAGGGAAGCUUUUUACUUGGGGAGAUGGAGAUAAAGGUCGACUUGGGCAUGGUGACAAGGAAGCGAAACUUGUGCCUACAUGUGUUGCUGCCCUUGUGGAACCCAACUUUUGUCAAGUUGCUUGUGGACAUAGUCUGACAGUUGCACUUACCACCUCUGGCCAUGUCUACACGAUGGGCAGUCCUGUUUAUGGCCAGCUAGGAAAUCCUCAAGCUGAUGGGAAGCACCCCACUCGUGUUGAAGGGAAGCUUUCCAGGAGUUUUAUUGAGGAGAUUGCUUGUGGUGCUUAUCAUGUUGCAGUCUUAACUUCAAAAACCGAGGUCUACACAUGGGGAAAAGGAGCAAAUGGUCGGUUAGGUCACGGAGACACAGAUGACAGAAAUUCCCCUACAUUGGUAGAAGCCCUGAAAGAUAAACAAGUCAAAAGUAUUGCAUGUGGAACUAAUUUUACUGCAGCUAUCUGCCUUCAUAAAUGGGUCUCAGGUGUUGAUCAGUCAAUAUGUUCUGGCUGCCAACUGCCUUUCAAUUUCAAAAGAAAACGUCACAAUUGUUAUAAUUGUGGACUUGUCUUUUGCCAUUCAUGCAGCAGCAAGAAGUCUUUUAAGGCUUCAAUGGCACCAAAUCCAAAUAAACCUUAUCGUGUUUGUGAUACUUGCUUCAAUAAACUAAAGAAAGCGAAUGAAACAGAGUCUCUGUCUCAGUCUUAUACAAGUAGAAAAUCUGGUAUCAAUCAGGGUUCCAAUGAGUUCAUUGACAAGGACGAGAAGCUAGAUUCUAGAUCUCACUCACAGCUUGCUAGGCUCUCAUUAAUGGAAUCCUUGAAGCAAGUGGAAAGCCGGUCCAAGAGCAACAAGAAACUUGAAUUUAAUAGCAGCAGAGUCUCACCUGUUCUGAAUGGAGGCUCCCAGUGGGGGGCACUUAAGAUUUCUAAAUCUUUCAAUCCAGUAUUUGGGUCAUCCAAGAAGUUCUUCUCAGCUUCUGUUCCUGGAUCAAGAAUUGUUUCUCGAGCAACAUCACCGAUAUCAAGAAGACCUAGUCCUCCACGUUCAACUACACCGACACCGACUCUUUCUGGACUUAUGUCACCCAAAAUUGUUGUGGAUGAUGCAAAAAGGACCAAUGAUAGCCUUAGCCAAGAGGUCAUUAAAUUAAGAGUGCAGGUUGAAAAUCUCACUCGCAAGGCCCAGCUUCAAGAAGUUGAGCUUGAAAGAACAACUAAACAACUUAAAGAGGCAAUAGCAAUUGCAGGGGAAGAGACUGCUAAAUGCAAAGCGGCAAAGGAAGUGAUCAAGUCACUCACUGCUCAAUUAAAGGACAUGGCUGAAAGGCUUCCCGUGGGAGCAUCUUGGAACGUCAAAUUACCUUCCUUUACUUCCUUCGGUUCCAGUCCUGCGUCACAUGAUGUUUCCAAUCUUUCUAUUGACCGAUUGAAUGGUCAAAUAUUCCAAGAACCUGAAUCAAAUACAACGAACAGCCCGUUACUUACUAAUGGAUCUAGCACUGCCAAUACUCGCAGUUCGGGCUACAAUAAACAACGCGUAUCAGAAGCAACUGUUCGAAAUGGAAGCAGAACAAAAGAUGGUGAAUCUCGUCAUGAUGGUGAAUGGGUUGAGCAAGAUGAGCCUGGUGUAUAUAUAACACUUACCUCUCUUCCAGGUGGUGGCAAGGAUCUUAAGCGAGUUCGCUUCAGUCGAAAGCGGUUUAGUGACAAACAAGCAGAACAAUGGUGGGCAGAGAACAGAGCAAGAGUAUAUGAGCAACACAAUGUGCAAACAGUUGACAAGUCAAGCGUUGGUGUCGGUAGCGAGGACUUGGCUCACUAACAUAAACAGACUUUACAUCGACUUGUGAGGUCGUGUUAAUUAAUGGGAGCCGGUUUCCAUUUCUUGUUAAUGGCUUAUGGAAGCAAUCAUUGGUAAACAAGGGAGAGAUCUGGGGCUUUGAUUGUGUUUUCGGUUUUCUUUCUUUGAUUUCUUUUUUUUUUCCCAUGAUUUUCCUUUCCAUUUUCGGUCCCUAUAUGGACCAUGUGUGGGGGGUUGAAAGUGAGAAAUGUAUAUUCUUAGUAGGUUGCUGACCAUUGUUGGAAAUAGCAGCUGCCCGCUGCCUUGUAAAUUCAUAAGGAAAUCAGUUACAGGUCUUUCUUC